ACAUAACUUGUCUUGGAUGCGUAACCAUAUAUCGAUGCUGCAACAGUUCAAAGGAGUUUCAUAAAAUCCUGAUUAGAGACCUUUUCCAGGGGAUAUAACGCCAUGUCACGCUUGGUUCCUGUAAAUUUUCACUCACAAAAUUUGCUCGUUCCAGAGCUUAAGAACGAUUUCGAAAAAUGUUUUGAAGAGUUUGAAAAAGAAGCGCGGAGAGAAAUGUUCAAAUUAAACCCAUGGGACAUGAACAAGGAUCCAUUUGACAAAGCUCACUUUGGGAAGAAUAUGCUAGAAAUUGACACUCCCUUCGUAGAAGAUUCUUUUGGAAACAAGAAACUUGAUAUGAAAUUUGACUGCAGCCAAUUCAAACCGGAAGAGAUUUUUGUGAAAAUUGUGGACCGGAACUUGGCAGUGCAUGCAAAGCAUAAGGAAUCAAGUCCCGGAAAGAACGUGCAAAGGGAGUUUACGAGAGCUUACCUUCUUCCGGAAAGCGUAGACACCUCAAAACUGACCUCUUCAUUGUCCCCUGACGGCGUACUGACUAUUGAGGCCCCUGUUGCUAAACAUGUGGACUUAGCUGUGACAUCGUCGUGACUAAGUUUUAAAUCAUUGUAAUUUUAAAAACACAAUUAAAAAUAUUACCGUUUUGUGUAUUUGGAGUGUUUAGCUCAUCCAAAAAUUUUGGUAAGAAAAUUUACUUUUAUAGUUUGUCAAGAGUGUUGUUUUUCAUCGCACUUUUUAUUAAAUUUAUGUUUGUAAAAAGUUAACCAUUUAUAUAAGAUAAAUUGAAUAAAUGUUGUUAUUUUC